AUGAAUUCGCUUCUCUGCCGCCUGUGCAUGUCUUGCUUCUUGCGGAAUGCGCUGAUUAGCAUUCACCCGUCGCCCCGUCAUUGUGCCACUGCAUUGACGGGUGCUGCAGGUCACGGGUCGCUGGGGCUUGUCGAUGCGGUGUGCCCCCCGGCCGGCUCCUCCGCCCAUGGCAGGGAGGAGAUGUUGAGGGAGGGGGAGAAGAGGGGGAGUGCGCGGCGGAAUGAGGAGAGUGUCAGUGGUUCACCCUACAUGGUGCAGAUCGCUGAUAGGUACGGCAUGCCUGCAGAGCUCCCACCUGGUGCGUCGCAGUCUUUUGAGGAAUUGGAGGCACUGUGCCCCAGUGGCAAACUUCGUGAGCAACUGCAGCGAUUACGGGUCUCACGGCGCUGGGAAGCAUUGACGGAGGUGCAGCGGGUCACCAUCCCCUUGAUCUUGGAUCACCGCGACCUCCUCUGCAUUGCACCAACUGCCACGGGCAAAACAUUUUGUUAUGUGUUUCCCUCCAUGCUACGUUUGUUGCUACAUGCAGGCGAGCACGAGAACGCCGCCGACGACGGUGGCAGCGAUGGGUUAGAUCGGUCGAAUGUUGAGAAGUUGCUAAAAGAAAAGAUAGCGCGGGGGGAGGUUUGCCGUUACUGUGAGCUCGGCAUGGCUGAUGUGAAGUUGUGUCCCGUGACGGGCACCCCGCACCCUCCGAUGCACGAGCUGCUGGACAAGCAGCUGCGCCCAGCGAUGCGGCUCAGUGAGUUGACCUCCGUGGCGGAGCCCCGCUUGCUUGUUCUCGUCCCCACGUCUCAGUUAGUGGCGCAGGUGUAUCAACUGUAUACUCAGCUGCAUGCUGAUUUUCGGGUAAAGUUUCUCGUGCGCGCCUCCAGCGCAGAAGAGCAAAAACGUCACUUAAAGGCGUUGGAGAGCUGUGAUGUGCUCAUCACGACGCCAGAGACCAUGCUACCCGCCCUCUACAAGCGCAAGCUGACCCUGAAGCGCGUUAGGAUGCUUGUGAUGGACGAGGUCGACGAGUUGGUCUCCGUGAACCACUUUGAGAAAUUGAAGAUUAUCCUUGGCGCCCUCCCCAAGGCACAUGAGCGGCCCCAGCGACUUUUAUUCGGGGCCUCGCUGCCUCCGGUGGCGUAUCAAAUGAUCAGGGAGCAGAUGCUGUUGCCAUCCCACCGCUUCGUCCUCGCAGACCUCAAAACUGACAAGCUUGGACACGCGCUUGUGGGUGGCAGUACCACUGUCAGUGCCGCCAUUACCCAUGUCAUCUUCAUGGUGUCGCAGGUGGAAAAGAUCAACAAACUGGCCUGGCUGUACAGCACAGGCAAGCUCAGCGCUGACCAGCGCACCCUUAUCUUCUGUAACUCGCGCCACAAUGUGGCAUACGUCUGUGAGCGGCUUCAGAAACUUGUGCCAGGUCUACACGUGACGACCCUCACCUCCCGCUCCUCAGCAACGGGGAAGGUGGGAACGCUAAAACUCUUUAGAAGCGGUGUCUCCACAUGCUUGGUGUGCACUGACAUCCUCAGUCGUGGAAUUGACUUUGAAAAGGUCGUGUACGUCGUUCACUACGAUACUCCGCUGGAAUUUGAUACAUGGAUUCACCGAAGCGGGCGCUGUGGCCGACACGGGGUGUCUGGCUACUGUUACACCUUCUUCCAGCCGGAGAGCGUCAAACUGGCAAAACCGUUGGUGGCACACCUGCGGCAAACGCGGCAGAUGAUUCCACCAAAGCUGCAGGAAUACGCGAACCAGUCGCUCGUUGACACGUUUAAGAGCUCUUUGUUUUACCACCCAACACGCUCGUACCGUUCAAGUGACCCACAGCGGCAGCAUCCUGUAAUGGGGCGCGGGGCGCCACGCUUCCCUGACUACAAACAGGACCGAUUAAAUCAAAACUUUCGCCCUCUUUAG